CCGGCACGGACGUUCGUUAUAUCCAAAGCGAAAGGCUUUAAAAUCAGCGUAUUUCAGAGUAUAAGUAUUGAAGCAAUAUGGCCAAAGUUCACGAAGCGUUACGGCCGAUCCAGUGGCUCAUCGGAACCUGGGAAUCGGUUAGCGCAAAAGGAAGCUAUCCCACAAUUAACGAUUUUUCUUACAACGAAGUCAUCAAGUUCGAGUCACUGGGACAACCGUUGCUCAACUAUGAGGCACGUUCCCGACACCCCGUUUCCGGAGCCCCCAUGCAUUUGGAGAACGGAUUCUUGCGCGUUAAGGUGGGCAGCAAUCAAGUCGCUUUCAUGAUCGCGCAUAAUUUUGGACUAGUCGUGCUGGAAGAAGGAGAGGCUACAGAAACAACUUUAAAUUUGCUAUCAAAAUCCGUCGAUCGUAUGUCCUUUGGAAAGGAUCCAGCUGUGACGGCGGUUCAGAAAAAAUAUCGACUGAAUUCGGACGGAACACUCGAGAUUCAAACAGAUAUGGCGACAACCAAUACACCAAUGACCAAUCAUUUGAAUGUCAUUUAUAAAAAGGUAGCAUAAUUUUACCUAGGAACAAAGCCUUGUAGGUUCAGGGAAUGUAGAUUAAUGUGUUAAGUUUACAAAACAUGAAUUUAAUGCAUGCGGUGUUGGAACUAUUAUUCAAUUGUUAAUUACAAAAAUGUAGAAAUAGUAAUAAAAAU